AUGGCGGGGUCUCUAACUUUGAAAACGCAGAAGAGUCGGUUAACGAGGCAUUGCAACAAUCUUAGUGACUUGUGUAUGCGAUGCGAGGAAGACAUUUCCUUCCAAAAUCUUUCGUUAAGCUCAGAUAGUGAUGUGUUUGAACGCAUGGCAUCUUUAACCCACGAAUUGAAGGCCUCAGCAAAACUACUCAGUGAGCAUCUCAGCGCAUUCAUUAGCACAGUUGAAGGGCUUAAUGAACCGCUUAACGAAGAACAAGAAGGACAAGUUUUGGAUUAUAUGGAGAAAACGCAAUCAGCAAUAGACCGCGCGGAGAACCUAGUUAUUCGAAUGGAAGCAAAACGCCUCAGCGUACUCGAUUCUAAGCGGGAGAGCGAAAUGCGCAACGAGCGAACGCAGGUCCUUAAUCUUGUAAGAGUGUUACACAAACGCCUCGAGAAUGCAAACACGGACAAAAGUUCCAUACAGGCACAAAGGAAACUAUUAGAGUUUAUUAUCCCCGUAGUAACGCAACUCCAAAAACUAGGAGCCAAUUUAGAUGGGUCAUACAACACUCAAAAAGUAUUAUCAAAGUUCGCAUACAGAAUACAACGGAAAGUUCUUGAGGUCUUGAUGACGCAUGACAUGCCUGAGGAAGCAUGGAAAAUGCAAGACAUGAUUGAGGCACUAGACGCACAUAUAGGAACGGAAGAACGUAUCAAUAGUAUGGUAAAAAUUGAUAUGGGCAAGGAAUCAGAACGCGGUGAAGGGUCAAAAAGGAGACCAACAAAACCGCAUAACCAUUCAAAUUGCAUUUUUUGCGACUCUACAGAGCACAGAGCCGCAGGCUGUUCACGUUACAGCACCAUUGCAGAAAGGAGGAACUUUCUGCAGGAAAAUAAGAUGUGCCUCAAUUGUGGACGCAAAGGUCACUUUGCAUCUCAGUGUAGCAAAGAAGGAUGCAGACUUUGCCAAGGGACAAAACACUUCUACGCAUUAUGCCCUCAGAGACAAAGCAUUGAUAAUCCGAUCAAGUCCGAAAUGAAACCAACCAUAGUGCAACCUACACAACCAUCAAUCAAAAAACCAUCUGUCAGGGCACAGUUGAAUACAAAUACCAAAAACAAACGAAACACAGAAACUUCAAAAAUCACACAAGCACAUCCAAUCCGACUCUGUGCAGCAGAAGAAAAUAUCCAAGAAGAAGAAGGACAAGAAAUCAAAGGCAACAGUUACCAUUCAUUCAUGCCCCACAGUACAAUGCAGAAAGAAAACAUUGUACUCUUAACCGGAAUAGCACACUUAUGGAAUGCAAAGAGCCAGAAAUGGCAACCAGUUGAAAUCCUCUUCGAUACAGGCGCUGAUCAGUCUUUCAUAAGCCAGGACCUUACAGAAGAACUAGGGCUACAGUGCAAAGAAAUGCAAGAGUUGAAUAUGUAUACUUUCGGGGACAAAAAGCCGAAGGCCAUUAGUUGUGGAGUGACAACAGUAGGGCUACUGGACAGCAAUGGAGAAAAACAUAACAUACGUCUGUACGCAACACCAGUCCUAACGGCAAAGGGAAAAAUGACACAGCUAAGUCAAGAAGACAAAAACUUUAUGAUGCACAACAACAUUUGCCUUUCCACUAUCAGAAUGGACCGUUACAACGCCGAAGUUCAACAAAAAUAUAAACGCCUUGUACACGCACUGCCACCACUCCCGUCACCUACGCGACUUUACAAGAAGAUAGUCAACUGCUGCAGACACCUGCAUAAGACAACGCGUAAUAUGUCCACGCUUAUGGAACGCAUUAAGAAUCUCUGGAAGUCGCAAGAGGACUGGAAAGAAAAACUGGUGGAACUCCAACUUAUUGAAACCCUAACGGAGAAGACACUUCUCGAAUUCAAGCUAAUUCGCACGGAACUCCGUACUCUUUUCGCAGUACCACCACUUCUCAUUGCCACGGACAUCAUUUCGGAAAACAAUUGGAAAGCGAUCAUCUCACAAACGCAAUUCGAUGAGGAGGAGAACUCAAUACUUACGAAACAUGAGACGAUUGAGACCGUUAUUGAAGACCAAAUGGAGAUCCUACACGAACAGCAAUCCAUUCUCAACGAUUACCGCAGAAUGCUACAAGAGGAAGAACGCAAGGCAACACGCACCUUCCAAACUACCGUCCUUGCCUCUUUGGAUCACUUGAAAGAAUCGCUCGAACAGGGAUUACAUUCUGAGAAAAACGACAGCGGUCCGAAAGCAGACACUUUGAUGGACAUCAAGGAAGAAAUCACAAAUUUGCUCCAAAAAUGUUUACAAAGAAACGCGAAUGCUUUAUCAGACGACCAAAUCGAGCAUUGGGCUGGCGAGGGUAACGACGGUCGUUACAAGAGCGAGCUGCCGUCAAGGGACGGAGACGACGAGAUGUAUAGUGAAACCGAAAGUGAAAGAAUAAGAAGAAACGCCGAAUACAUGGAAGGAGUGCAGGAUAUGACCGAAGAUGAAUGGGAGAAAGACUCAAUAACGACACACAAUAAGCUAUGGAAAGAAAGAAUAUGGAAUGAUUUGGAAGAGGCAGAACGAGAAGUGAAAAAGAUGGAAAACAUCGUUUACGAACUAGACAUGGAACCGACAUGUAACCCAAGAGACUACAGAAAGGGGAUCAUCCAAAGAGAGGAUGAAAGAGGCAUGGUGUGUACCUUCUGCGGGAAAGUAGGUGAACAUUAUUCAGACUCGUGUGAAGCUUACCCAAGCUCGAAAGAGCGCCUGAAAAUCGUUGAAGCAGAAGGACGCUGCAAAUUUUGUCUGAUGGGCCAUAAUUGUAAGAAAAAAGGGUUGAGAUGCUUUCACUGCAACGAAUAUGGUCAUCACUCGGCUUUAUGUGAAUUACCGGAAAAAAGUGAGUACAUACGAAGACGAAUAAAGGAGGCAAUUGAAAGGAGGAAAAACGCCAAGGAACGCAUCAAAGAAUUAUAUCGCCAGUUGGACGAGAUUCAGUGA